AUGAAAGCUGAAAAUGAAAAAAGUCGAUAUAUUUUGGUUCUUGAAUCAUUUACCGACUCUCUUUCUCUUUCCUCAUCCAAAGUAACAUUUAAUAAUUUCACAGAAGUUAUUGAGGUAAUCCUUAAUCAGUAUACAAACAACAAAAAAGAUAACCCAAACACUAAUAAAGACAUUCGGGCAAACAAUGCCUUGCAAGAACUUGCAAGCAUUGCUCAAGAAGUAAAUCCCAAUUAGUUUCAAGAUUUACGAAUAGAUGGACAAUUGAAGCCAACAUCAAAUAAUUACAUAGCUCGGAUUGAUAUAAAUGGGAAUAUCACAGACCUGAAAACUGGCGAAGAAUUAGCUACAAGACUUCCUCCAGAAGCUAUUGCAAAGAAAACUAAAAUUUGCAUUUCCCAUCAUGAUAACAAAAGUAUGACAAUAGGGGCUGAGCCAACCAAAACUAGCAUGAAAAAAGCAAAAACUAUCAGCCCUGCUCAAAAAUCAACUGUUUCACCAAGAGUGAAUUUUUUGAAUACUUGUAGGGAAAGAUCAAUAACUACUUUAAAAAAAGUAGGCACAAAUAGAAAACAUUACUCCCCUCCGUGAUGAACAAAAACAUUAGAAAAUCCCUAUUUUUUGCCCAAAAACCCCCUCCGUGAGUAAACAAAAAUUUUUUUAAUAGAAAAAUUUUUUUAUAGAAAAAAAAAAAUUAUAUAAAACUGAUAAUUAGUAUAAUGAAAUCUCUAGCUAAUUCUGUUUUAUUUAAAAUAAGCUGCGUUUUAAAAUAUAAAUUUUAAAAAUUAAAUUUAAUAUUUGUUUUUCAAUUUUUUCGAAUUAGGAUUUUGUCAAAUUUUGAAAAAAAAAGUCUAUAAAAUUUAUAAAUAUAAUUUUUAAUAAAAAAACUUCCUCUGUGAGCGAACAAGAUUUUUUUGAUCGCUCACGGAGGGCGGGGAGUUAGGCUCAAUAAAUCAAGAAAAACAACAAGUUGCAGAGAUUAAUAUGUUUGACCCUGACAGUCCAAUUCAAACUAGAAGCAGAUCUAAAACAGAAACAUCUCAGCCUGAUAAUAUCCAGCAAACAAGAAAUAGAUCAAGCACCGAGAUCCCAGCAAAUUCUGUGGGGACUGCAAGGAUUCGCAGCAGAAUCAAUGUCGAAGUCCCUGCUGCAGAGAAGCAGCCAAGAACUAGAUCUCACACUCCUGUUGCUUGCAAGACUCGUAUGGAAUUUGAUAUUAUAAAACCAAAGCAUAUUUUAAAUAAACUUAAGCUUCCAGAUCCUCAUGAUCAUAAUGCUGUUUUAAGAAGUACGAGCACUAGUGGUGGUAAUAAGCCAAGAAACUAUGCGCAUUUUCCAUUACCUCCGAAAGGUCCAAAUGACUCUCCAAAAGCCCUGCGGAUACAAAGAAGGAUAAAAUUAUAA